GAGAUCUGGCCCAGCACUUCUGUUCUCGGACUCCAGGGUGCUGAGGGUUGAGGUCUGGGUGCAGUGACAGGGCCUGCAAGAUGGAGGAAGGUGGGAAUCCAGGAAGCCUGACUAAGAUGGUCCAUCUACUGGUCUUGUCGGGGGCCUGGGGCAUGCAAAUGUGGGUGACCUUCAUCUCAGGCUUCCUGCUUUUCCGAAGCCUUCCCCGACAUACCUUUGGCCUUGUGCAGAGUAAACUCUUCCCUUUCUACUUUAACAUCUCCAUGGGCUGUGCUUUCAUCAACCUCUGCAUCUUGGCUUCACAACAUGCCUGGACUCAGCUCACAUUCUGGGAGGCCAGCCAGCUCUGCCUGAUGCUCCUGAGCCUCUCACUGGCCGCCGUCAACGCCCGCUGGCUGGAGCCCCGCACCACAGCUGCCAUGUGGGCCCUUCACAAGGUGGAGAAGGAUCGGGGUCUGGGCGGGGAGGUACCUGGAAGCCACCAGGGCCCCGACCCCUACCGCCAGCUGCGGGAGAAGGACCCCAAGUACAGUGUCCUCCGCCAGACCUUUUUCCGCUACCAUGGCCUGUCCUCCAUUUGCAAUCUGGGCUGUCUCCUGAGCAAUGGGCUCUGCCUUGCAAGCCUUGCCCUGGGCCUUGGGAGCCUCUAACGCCCACUUCCUCUCGGGCCCUGCUGAGGCCCCAGAUGUGAAUAAACACUUCUU